CGACACUGCCGCGGCCCGCUGCCGUCGCGCGCUCGCUGCACCCGGGGGCACGGAGGGUCCGGCGGCGGCCAUGGAGGCGGCCGCGACGCGGAGCGGCGCUGCCACGGGUCCGCCCGGCGGCCACCCGGACGAAGACAGCCCGCAGGAGAGGAAGGUCUACAUGGACUACAACGCAACCACACCUCUGGAGCCCGCGGUCAUCCAGGCCAUGACGGAGGCCAUGACGGAGGCCUGGGGCAACCCCAGCAGCUCCUACCCGGCAGGCAGGAAGGCCAAGGAGAUCAUCAGUGCAGCCCGAGCGAACCUGGCCAAGAUGAUCGGGGGGAAGCCUCAGGAGCUGAUCUUCACCUCCGGGGGAACCGAGUCAAAUAAUUUAGUGAUCCAUUCUGCGGUGAAAACCUUCCAUGAAAACGCAGCCUCCCCAGGAGACCCGGCGGAGCGGCCCAGCCCGGCAGAGGGAGCCAGGCCCCACCUGAUCACGUGCACGGUGGAGCAUGACUCCAUCUGUCUGCCCCUGCAGCACCUGGCGAAGGAGCAAAUGGCCGAGGUCACCUUUGUCCCAGUGUCCAAAGUGAAUGGGCGAGUGGACGUAGACGACGUCCUGGCGGCUGUCCGCCCCACCACGUGCCUUGUGACCAUCAUGCUGGCCAACAACGAGACCGGAGUCAUCAUGCCCGUCCCUGAGAUCAGCCAGCGUGUCCGGGCCCUGAACCAGAAGCGGGCAGCCUCGGGGCUGCCCCGUGUCCUCCUGCACACGGAUGCUGCCCAGGCGCUGGGGAAGAGGCGCGUGGAUGUGGAGGAGCUGGGAGUGGACUUCCUGACCAUCGUGGGCCACAAGUUCUAUGGUCCCAGGAUUGGUGCACUCUAUGUUCGAGGGCUCGGUGACCUCACCCCUCUGUACCCGAUGCUGUUUGGAGGUGGACAAGAGCGGAAUUUCAGGCCAGGGACAGAGAACACCCCAAUGAUUGCUGGCCUUGGGAAGGCCGCUGAGCUGGUGACCCAGAACUGUGAGGCUUAUGAGGCCCACAUGAGAGAUGUUCGGGACUACCUGGAGGAGCGGCUGGAGGCUGAAUUUGGCAAGAAGAGAAUCCAUCUGAAUAGCCGGUUUCCAGGCGCCGAGCGGCUGCCCAACACCUGUAACUUUUCCAUCCGGGGUCCUCAGCUGCAAGGCCGCCUGGUGCUCGCACAGUGCCGGACCCUGCUGGCCAGCGUGGGGGCUGCAUGCCACUCGGACCACGGGGACCAGCCGUCGCCCGUGCUGCUGAGCUGUGGCAUCCCCUUCGCCGUGGCCAGGAACGCGCUGCGCCUCAGCGUGGGCCGUGGCACCACCAGGGCCGAGGUGGAGCUCGUCGUGCAAGAUCUGAAGCAAGCCGUGGCCCAGCUGGAGGGCCAGGCCUAGCCCCGGACAGGGCCCACU